AUGAUGGCUAGUCCUCCUCCAAACCCAGUGCCGAUUGCAUACCAGGGAGGGGCGGGGGCAGUGCCAGACUGGUUGAACAAGGGGGACAACGCAUGGCAAAUGAUAUCUGCCACCCUCGUUGGUCUGCAGAGUGUGCCGGGUCUCGUCAUCCUCUACGGCAGUAUCGUUAAAAAGAAAUGGGCGGUUAACUCAGCCUUCAUGGCUCUCUACGCUUUUGCCGCUGUGGUCCUCUGCUGGGUAUGCUGGGCCUACAAGAUGUCCUUCGGGGAGAAACUCCUCCCGUUCUGGGGCAGAGCUGGCCCGGCUUUGGGCCAGAAGUUCCUCAUCAACCGGGCAGCUCUCCCCUCCAGCACCCACAAAUUCAGCAACCACACUGUCGAAACCGCUGAGGUCGAGCCGUUGUAUCCGAUGGCUACGAUGGUGUGGUUUCAGUGUGUGUUUGCGGCCAUCACACUGAUUCUGCUGGCGGGGUCGGUGCUUGGGAGGAUGAACUUCAAGGCGUGGAUGAUGUUCGUGCCUCUGUGGCUGACGUUUUCGUACACGGUGGGUGCUUUCAGCUUGUGGGGUGGCGGAUUUUUGUUCCAAUGGGGUGUCAUGGACUACUCCGGGGGUUACGUCAUUCAUCUUUCUUCCGGGAUUGCCGGCUUCACCACUGCGUACUGGGUAGGACCAAGAGUGAAGAAGGACAGGGAGAGAUUUCCACCAAACAAUGUACUGCUGGUGUUGGCAGGAGCCGGGUUGCUGUGGAUGGGAUGGGCGGGUUUUAACGGCGGAGAUCCGUACUCGGCAAACACGGACUCAUCGAUGGCCGUCCUCAACACCAACAUCUGCGCUGCAACGAGCCUCUUGGUCUGGACUGUGCUUGAUGUCAUUUUCUUCGACAAGCCCUCCGUCAUCGGAGCUGUCCAGGGAAUGAUCACUGGCCUCGUCUGCAUUACUCCUGCUGCAGGUCUUGUUCAAGGAUGGGCCGCAAUAGUGAUGGGAAUUAUGUCAGGCAGUGUGCCAUGGUUCACAAUGAUGAUCGUAGACAAGAGGUGGAAAAUGUUAUCCGCAGUUGACGACACCCUCGGCGUAGUUCACACCCACGCUGUGGCCGGCUUUCUUGGCGGCAUCUUAACGGGUCUCUUCGCAGAGCCCCAACUGUGUGCACUCUUUUUACCGGUCACAAACUCACGAGGAGGGGUUUACGGAGGAGGCAUGCAAAUCCUCAAGCAGAUUGUAGGAGGGCUGUUUGUCAUUGGAUGGAACCUUGUGGUCACCUCCAUUAUUUGCAUCGUCUUAAGGUUUAUAGUUCCGUUGCGUAUGCCGGAGGAACAAUUGCUGAUCGGGGACGACGCAGUGCACGGGGAAGAGGCGUACGCAUUGUGGGGUGACGGUGAGAAGUAUGAUGCUACUAAGCAUGGGCUUUACUCCGAUGAUACGUCACACCCUCAUAACCAUCCAUCAAGUGGUGCCACUCAGGUGGUCUAGCUUUCUUAUUGCAUGUGGUACAUUAUACUGGUGAAUAGUGUGUUAAGUUUCUCCUCAUGUAUCCGUGAUUUGAAACUUUCUCAUCUCUUAAAUUAUUGUAAUAGUUUUGAACUUUUCCUUAUGUAUAUCUUCUCUCUCUUUUAUAGGGAAUUACAAUUAUGUUUCACAACUUAUCACCCCUUGUACAAUGGUACUAAGUACUUGUAAGUACUAUAGCCAGUCCCCAUGAAUUGUUUGUAAUUGUAUAUUGCUUUCUCGAUUUGCAUUGGCA